AUGUGCGCAGGCCGCAAGAGCGCAUGUACACCCAGCAAGGACCAGGGAACCUACAAGCGCGGGGGAGUCAAGGUGCGGGGACAAGUGGAAUCGUGUGGGAUCGAGGGUUUCAAGAGGACUAGGGGGUGUGGCCAGGGGGGCUGGUCUGCAGGAUCGGAGAUUGUUCGAGUUUGUUUUGUUUUGGGUUAG